GCACGGAGCCAUGCAUGGACGAGGAAGCCGUGUUUUUCUUCUCAUUGCUUUGUUGCAUGGAGCUGGAGUCGCAGGAGGCUUCUCGGGAGACGAUGAGAGUUACCAGUCUCAGCGGUAUGCUCGUUUAGUGCCGGCCACCCUGCUGUAUCGACGUGUGAACUCCCGGAACCUGGAGCAACCACUGAAAUAUACCAGCCAUGCACGGUUCCACGGCCUCACAGCCAAGCGGACGCCCUCCGCCCUACUGGCCGCGUCGCGUUUCCGGCAGGUGCCGCAGGAUCACUCGGAACUUAGGCUCCUGGCCAAGACGGACGACGAGGUGCACAUGGAGAACACACCCGUAUCUGCACGUCAUAUCGUCACCAUGGCUCUCCAGCUGGAUGUUCGGCAGUUGAACAUAAGCCUUUUGAGGACGUUCCGUGAAGGCGUGGCUGCUGCCCUGGACAUUUCACCACGACAAGUUCACAUCAACCGGCUGAAUGAGCAACAAAAUGGCAUUGAGUUGUAUGUGUCAUCGGACCGGACCGGAGCGUCGGAGCCGGUGUCCUCAGACGAAGUGAUCCGCUCGCUCGACAUCAACACCCUGCACAGCAGCCUCGGUCCUUUCGGCAUCACCCGGGUCUCGGCUGAGAAGAAUGUGCUUCAAGGCCAGCAUGAGAGGGACAACGUGUGGAGCAACGAAGGCUUCUACGUGGUGGUCAUCUUCCUCACGAUCUUCAUCAUCGUCGUCACCUGUUUAAUGGUGCUUUACCGACUCAAGGAGAAGGUCGAGUACUCAGACGGGCAGCUGAAGGGGCUGGGUGCGCCCGUGUCUGUGCAUGCCACCCAGCCGCCCCUGACCCUCACCAGCAGCAUGGUGCAGGCCAGCCCAGCCCCGAAACCAGCCUGCACCACUGCGACCAGCUCAACCCCCUCUACCACCACCACCACCACAUCCACCACCGUCACCACCAUUGCCGCCACUACCAGCACUAGCACCAGCACCAACUCCCAGAUCAACCACAACACACACCCCACACACACCAGUGCCUCCAGCUCGGAUUCUCAGUGCCCUCCGUGCCCACCUGUGGCUGAGUUCAAACCCUGUCUGUCCUCCAACCCUUCGCCGUUUAAGAUGAAGCCUGCUGCCGGUCUGCAGGAGAGACGAGGCUCUAACGUUUCCCUGGUGCUGGAUAUGAGCGCACUGGGCUCCGUGGAGCCUCUGAAUUGUGGAGUGAACACGCCACGCGAGCGGGUGGCUCAGGAGUACCUGCAGUCGGCCGCGCGGGUCCUCACACGCCAGCAGCUCCGAGACGCCACGCGCAACACCCAGGCACUGCACGCCGAGUUCGCCGAAAUUCCCAUGAACUUCGUCGAUCCAAAGGAUCUGGACAUUCCCAGUCUCGGGACCAAGAACAGAUACAAGACUAUUUUGCCAAAUCCACACUCCAGAGUCCUCCUGAAGUACAGGAAUAGCUGUGAUUCUCUCAGCAGCUACAUAAAUGCCAACUACAUGCGGGGUUACCUCGGACAUGAGAAAUCCUUCAUCGCCACACAAGGUCCUAUGAUCAACACGGUUAACGACUUCUGGCAGAUGGCCUGGCAGGAGGAGUCGCCCGUCAUCGUCAUGAUCACCAAGCUGAAGGAGAAGAACGAGAAAUGCGUUUUGUACUGGCCUGAAAAACGAGGGAUUUACGGCAAGGUCGAGGUUCUCGUCAACAGUGUCCGGGAAUGUGAACAUUACACUGUCCGCACACUCACACUCAAACAAGGUGGCCAAAGUCGUAAAGUCCAGCAUUACUGGUACACCUCAUGGCCGGAUCAUAAAACCCCAGACAGCGCUGGGCCUCUGCUGCAGCUCAUGACUGAUGUCGAGGAAAGCAGAGAGGCUUCCGAGUCACACGGCCCCGUCAUCGUUCACUGCAGUGCUGGAAUCGGUCGCACCGGCUGCUUCAUUGCCACCACCAUAGGCUGUAAUCAGCUGCGUCGGGAAGGAGUAGUGGACCUUCUGAGCAUCGUGUGCCAGAUGAGAGUAGACAGGGGUGGAAUGAUCCAAACCGGAGAACAGUAUGAGUUUGUCCACCAUGCUUUGAGUCUCUACGAAGGCCGUCUAUCAGCCGACACUGACCAGUGAACCCAAAGGAAGGCAAGGGGAAGAAGUUACGAGGAUGUUUUUUUUUUUUUUCGAACCAGGGGGAACAAUCUCUCAAAAGUCUAAGAGGUCGAAUUUUCCAGACAAUCUAGAAUCUAAGGGAUUGUUAUAAAGAUGUCUUGCAAUUGCGAUCUUAAACAGCAGUGGUAGUAGGAAGAUCAUACUUCUUCAAGGAGAUCUUAGCAGAUGUGCGCUGGAUUCUAAAGAAGCAUGUUCGCUCUGUCUAUGUCGAUUAAAACCAGUAUCUGUUUCUACAAGUAUACCUGCCCUCUGACCUCUGACCUCCAGUUUUGGACGUUCCAUGGAUCCACGUCGUGCUCAGACGGUCUAAGUAUUCGAUCCGAAACGUGUACAGUUAGGUACAGUAUGGUAGAUUAGCACUUUCUGUUUCUCGUCACUUCACAGAGAACUAUCUUAUUCGAAGACUGUUAGACGCAUCAGCUGGACUCGCGCGUGUGUGUAUGUGUGUGUGUGUGUGUGUGAAUACUGUAUGUCCCAACGGUUCCUCUAAUCGUUUUAACAAACACCUACUCAAGAUUUUAGCAUGAAUGUAAAGACGUUCAAAUCUGCUCAUUUUUUAUUCUUCUGUAUUAUUUUGAUUUCUAUUUGUAAAAGACGAGGUUAUAAAGUACAACACACCACGAUACAAUAAUGGUGCAGUCCGCAUUUAAACGUAAGUGUACUUUAAAUAGCAGAGUUUGAAAUAUAUAAAUAUAUUAAAUAUAAUAAUAGUUAUUUUUGUACUAUCUUCCCUGAGUAUUUGUUGCUUUAAUAUUUUUUUUAGUUCUUUUUUUCUAUUUAAAUAAAGCAACGUCCAUCCAAAGUGAGAACAUUAGGCAGAAAAGAAGUUUUACAAAAAAAAAAGUCCAUAUUAAAAUAAAUAAAUAAAUAAAAUAUCCAAUGUUCUCAUAUCAUGUUGCAGAUACAGAGCUACAAGUUGAUGUUUGGGAAAAACAUAGACAAAGAAUUUUUGAACAAACUGUUUUUUUAUUUUAUUUUAUAUGGAUUAUGGAAUCAUCUGGCUCAGACUGAUAAACAGGAUCAAAUCCAUUGCGAUUUGGUUCAUUUAAGAACUUGGAAUAACCAUGUACAGUAUGUGUUUUAAAAUCAUAAAGCGUCUUGACAACUCCAACAAUUUUUCUAAUCCGUUUUUUUUUUUUUUUUUCAUUUUGCUAAAUUCCAACACAAUACACACACUUAAUGUGCUAAAUCAGGUAGACACCAAAUUCUAAUAAAGCGAACAUCUUUCCCUUCCGCACGGUCAUUACACCGAUCAGCCAUAACGUUAUGACCACCAACAGGUGACGUAACAUUGAGUAUCUCGUUAUGUUCUGGAAGUGAACAUUUUCUUCCUGAAGCAGAAAAAAUGGGCAAGCUUGUGAUGCCUAGACGACUGGAUCAGAGCCACAGCACAACUGCAGCUGAUGGCUGUUCCUUUGGCCAUGCCAGACUGUGGAAAUGCUUUAGGAAUGGUUUGAGGAACAUAACAAAAAGUUUGAGGUGUCGACUUGACCUUCAGGUUCUCACAACUUACACUACUUAAAAGCCUGAUGCCAGAUACUACAGCACGCCAGCUGAGGUCUAAUGGAGUCCAUGCUUUGAGAUGUCAGGGCUGAUUUUGUGGCACCAGGGGUCCGACACGGUAUUAGACGGAUGGUCAUGACGCUAUGGCUGAUCCAUGUGUAUAGUUUUUUUUUUUUUGACCUGUCAACCUGUAAAGUAUGCUUUUCUGUGCAAAAGUCUUAGCCCCUUACAUUUUACAUGAACAAAAUAUGAACAUUUAUAUAUUAUAUAUAUAUAUAUAUAUAUAUAUACCCUAUUGUUGAAUUGAAUUUGUACUGUAAGUGAAGGAAGGCGACAUUUUAGCCGAGUAUUACGUACAAAUCAGGUGAUCUUAUAUAAAAAUCUCUUAUAGCUUUCAAUUUCUUUACCCUUAACCAAAUUUUUUAUUUUUUUUUUUAGAGCUUGCAUACGGUCAAUCAUAUCUGUCAAUCAUAUACAUGUAAAUCAGUUUUUAUCUCAUCGAGGUACAGGUACAUGUACUGUAUAUCAUGGUGAAGUGUAUAAAAGUGCUAUUAAAGCGUCUCCGAGGAUCCCGCUGCUUCAAUUCAGUGUUCGGUUUUAUGAGAUUGAAAGAUGAUUGUUGUAUAACUUUAAACAUUUCUUAUGUUUUUUUGUAUUGUCCAUUUUUUAUGGGGAAAAAACAAAAAUUCCGAUUAUUUGUGAUACAGAGGUUUUAAUGAUAUAUUUGUGAAUUUCUAUUCGACGUGUGUAGCAUAGAAAAAUCCGGUCAGUUUCUCGUCAGUGUACGUUGGCUUACUGUUUCUAGCUCUUUUUUUCCCACUCUUUCAGUGUUAUUAACCUGUCAAAAACAUUUUCCUCCCUUUUGUAUGACUAAUCCAUGAUUGUUGUGGGGGUUAAACAAUGCGUAACUUUCAAACUUUUCAGAUCUGUUACAGUAGAUUAUUCUAGCUUGUAUAAUCUGUACAUAUCUUCCUUCUAUUACUACAAUAAGUCAAGUCUGAGCCGGAGGUUCGGUGUGUCAUGUUCAGCAACCACGACUGUCCGUUGGUUCAACCUGUGAAAACAAACCAGACUUAUUAUUAUUAUAAUUAUCAGUAAUAAAACAUACUGUUGAUGGGAACGCUGGACUGUGUCAUGAUUUCAGGCCGUAAUAUCUAAUGUUGAGGUACUGUACCACGUAUGGUACGUUCACAUAAAUAUGAGCCCUGUUUUAUCUUUAUGGAGAUGUAAUGUGGAGAAACGUGUUCUUGUGUAUAGAACUAAAAUUGUUAUUAUUAUUAUUGUUAUUAUUAUUAUUAUUAUUAUUAUUGCCGACUCAGACUGUACUUUAACUGGUAAUAAUAUACCCAACUCUGUGACUCUGUGGUCUUUACAGUAAAAAUAAUAAAUCAAUCAUACCCAG